AUGCAGCGAAUGCAACAGAUCUAUGGUGGUCCCGAAGCAAUCAUGUCCAUGGACGAUUGUUCACAUCUGAAAAAUUCUCCUGGACGAUAUAUGCAGGUUUUCAAUGUGGAUCCGAUACCAACCUCAUGUCCAUUCAAAGACGCUCACGUCAAUCCCUCCAUCAAGGAUUACUACCGACACUACAACAUUCGUGACUUUGAGUAUAGUCGCGUAGAAGAGCGGAAGGAUACCAAAUGGACUGCGGUGAAGGAUUCGGAGCUAAUGCGGACUUGGAUCGUCAAACGAACAGUUGUAACAUACGAAAGAUUACCGGGUAUCCUGCGAUCAACACAGAUAAUCUCCACUUCACCACCAAUCUACGUGAAUCCCGUUGCGACGUUCGGUCGAUCAGAUGCAGCGAAAGAACGCAGAGCUGAUGGAAACGGCUUUAUUGGUGCUACUCAAUCGCAUUCAUGCUGUGAAGAAGCUGGAGUCGACCUACUAGUGUUGAAGGUGUUUUUCUCUGACGAAUGCUCCAGAAUCUAUGACUCAGAAGAGAAGCAGCUUGCCAUGCACCUGAGCGCUCUAAUAAUCGAACAGGUGGAGAUUCUGGAAUUCUGCUUGUAUGCCCAUGCAACGCGUACAGAAAUUACCAAACAAUUUCAUGACCAUCUUGUCGAAGGAUUCUUUGAACACAAACAAUACGUCGAGGACAAGUUUGGUCGAACGGUAAAUUUAAUGGUUCCUUGUUCCAGGCAUCUUCUUCGUUAUAGAGGGCGAUAG